AUGCGCUGGGUUUGGAAAGACCUGCUGCCCAAACUGGUUUUGAAAACCCCCACAGCUCAUGCCAUGAAGGAGGAGAACUUUCUUCGUCGCAGGUUCUCCCUCUGUCCAGCCUCGUCCACCCCUCAGAAGGUCGAUCCUCGCAAGCUGACACGCAAUCUGUUCUUCGGGGCCGAUAAUGACAUCUACCCACUCAGCCCAGGAAAAGACGUGGAAGGAAACAGCCCGACAGCACUGAAGGAUGAGACACCGCAGACUCCAAACUCCAUUAGUAAGAUCGAAUAUAAGCUUUGCAAUGGGUCUGACAAAGAGUGUGUGUCUCCCACAGCCAAAUUCACGAAGAAGGAAACACUGAAGGUACAAAAGAAAAAUUACAGACAGGAGAAAAAGAGAGCUACCAAACAACUCUUCAGUGCUCUGAAGGAUCCCAGUGUGGUGAUCACAGCAGACUGGCUGAAGAUUCGUGGGACUCUGAAGAGUUGGACCAAGCUGUGGUGUGUUCUGAAACCAGGAGUGCUGCUGAUUUAUAAGACGCCAAAGAUAGGACAGUGGGUUGGGACAAUCUUGCUCCAUUCUUGUGAGCUGAUCGAGAGACCCUCCAAAAAGGAUGGCUUCUGUUUUAAGCUUUUUCAUCCUUUGGAUCAGUCAAUCUGGGCUGUAAAGGGCCCAAAGGGAGAAAAUGUUGGUUCGAUCACUCAGCCUCUUCCCAGCAGCUACUUGAUUUUCAGAGCAGCCUCCGAAUCAGAUGGCCGAUGCUGGCUGGAUGCUUUGGAACUCGCCCUGCGUUGCUCCAGCCUCUUCCGGCUCAGUGCCUCCAAGCAGGGAAAGGAUGGGGAAAUGAACUGCUCAAGCGAUUCGGCGCAUGCAGGGCUCAACCACCUCUUACAGACGAGCCCUAUCUCAGACCAGGAGUUCUUCCA